UACAACAUAUACUGUGAAGUCAGCACUUCUGAUUGUUACCAUGGAGCCUGUGCUGCCUAUAAAUUGAAUGUAUCAUGUCAUGGCUUCCUGGGUCCCAGUUCCUGCUCUGUACAGUUAUUCUGUAUAGACCUACUGACCCCGGAUCAGUUCUUCUUUCUUUCUCUUAACCUCUCUCAGCCAGACUUCCCAGAACAGUAGGAGUACCUCUACUGCCACAGUUUCUCAGGGAAGGCUACCCGUCGGUCACAGUUUUAAGCUCUACUCCAGUGAUCAGCCAAUAGGGUUAUGGGGCAUCAUGAUUACCUGUGCUAUGGGCGUUCUGAUAGGAGGAGAGGCCUGAUGAGCUGGGACUAAUCCUCUGAGGGACAGAUGGUGGCCAAGGACUUACGGCACCUGUAGGCUCUGCUCAGCGGUAGCCUCAGCACCCUGAGUAGCCUUGCUUUGUAAGGAACAGUAAGGAACAUAAGAAAUAUCCUCAAAAUUAACUUAAGGGGGAAAAGAAGUGAACUUUGAAGACUGUCAGGUAAGUGAUGCCUUAUGUCAACUGGAUCUCUCUGAGUAUUUAUGUCCUUACCAGUAAGAAGUCUGGGAUUGUCACUGUGGUAAACUAACUGUCCUUAUGCAAGGUUAAUGGUAGAGCUGACACGUCUUCCUUGGUCUAGUUUUGUGGAUGAUUUAUAACAAAGGAUAGUAGAUACUACACCAUAAAGUACCUGACCAAGUAGGCUACAUUCCAUGGACUUAGAAAUUCUCCUUGGGAAUUCUGAAAUAAGGCAGAAACAUGUAACAUUACUGUAUGCAUGCUAACUCACAUGGUGACUUGGAAGUCUAAGCUGUGCUGGCUAUGCUGUGCUCACUCCACUUGUUGCCUCAUGGAGUUGUUUUUCCUUUCUGCAGGCCUUCAGGUUACUGGACAUCCAGUGUGUUUCAGUGUGUGCGUGUGUGUGUGUGUGAACAAUGUGGCUGAGCAGUGUUGGCGUGACUGCGCUGUUUCUCCUGCUGACUGCGCAGCACCUGCAUGCGUCUGCGCUGUCUACCGUCUCCUCCUAUGAGUUCACUGGAUUCAGGAUGCAGCAAUAUCUGCUGCAGCAGGACAGACAUGGUUGCCGUGGAGCCAUCGUGGUGGCGGAGGCGCGCUCAUCCGACUACCCUGGCCUGACGCGCCGCUGCGUGAUCAUGAAGCUACCGGACUUCACACUGGACCGCUACGAGGAUGCUCAGAGGCAGAACGCUGCUGCCGUGCUCAUCCUGCUGCCCAGUAACCUCUCCGCAGUGCCACCGGAGGUGAUACAGAGCUUCAUGGAGACUGAGACGGAGGUGCUGCAGAGGGACUCCCUGAUGCCUCUUUACGUGGCGCCCGAGGAUGAGCAGCUGCUCUACAUGUACGAGGAGGUGAGGCUGGACGCAGCCACCCGGGCCUCCUCCAUCAUGGUCCGAGUACUGCGGAGCAUGGUGACUGCCACCGCAUUUCAGAUUUUAGUGAGCAACACCAACCCGCUCAAGCCGGUCACUGAUAGCAGCAUCAUCACACUGGAGGGAGUUUUGCCUGGAAUUGGAGAGGACCCUCAGACUAUUGUUAUCACUGCCCAUUACGACUCCUUUGGGCUAGCUCCGUGGCUGUCAUAUGGUGCCGACUCUAACGGCAGCGGCGUGGCCAUUCUGCUGGAGCUGGCCCGUCUGUUCCAGAAACUGUACCGUGACCCCCGCAGCAAAGCACCGUACCAUCUCCUGUUUUCAUUGACUGGAGGGGGGAAAUAUAACUUCCUGGGCACCAAACGCUGGCUGGAAGAAAACAUGGAUCAUGCAGAGUCCAGCCUCCUUCAUGACAAUGUGGCAUUUGUACUGUGCUUGGACUCUCUGGCCAAUGGGGACGAGCUUUACCUGCACGUGUCCCGCCCACCCAGGCCUGGCACCCCUCAACACGAGUUCAUCUAUCAGCUGGAGCAGGUGAUCGCGUCCAGGUUCCCCUGGGUGAAGUUCGACAUGAUCCAUAAGAAGAUCAACUUGGGGGACCCCAUGAUGGCUUGGGAGCAUGAGCGCUACGCCAUGCGCCGCGUCCCAGGGUUCACCCUGUCCCACCUAGAGGACCCCAAAUCAGAGCGCAGGGGCUCCAUCCUGGACACAAUGUCUCAAGUGGACAUGAGGAGACUCAAGCGGAACGCUGUCAUCAUUGCCGAGUCACUGGCCAGGUUCAUGUACAAUCUGUCUGACAAGGGUUCACCAAAGGAGAUCCAGCUCUUCAGGGGCCAAUUGGAAGUGCAGGACAGCCGUUUAUCGGCACUGAUGUCCUUCCUGACCUCUGCCCCUCGAGCCAGCCAGCUGAUGGACAAGGAGCCGGCCCAGAGCCUCAUGAUCUCCACCCUGGAGCAGGAGCUCAAGCAACACCUGCUUCAGGUCUACAGACACACCUUCAAACAGGACCGCAGGGACCCUGAUAUAACCUUCUAUGAUCAAAUGAAUCAACCUAUGACGAUGUACAGGGUGAAGCCUGCUGCGUUUGAUCUGUUCCUGGGAGGCUGUAUUGCAGCCUAUUUGGGCAUAAUCUACUUUGCCAUUCAGAAUUUCGGGCACAUCUACAGCAAACUGAAGAUGGCAGUGAAAUUGAAAUACCAGUGAGGUUUGCCUCUCCAAAGACGGGCAUUUCACUUGCUGUUGAUCCUUUGACUCCUCCGAUUCCCUGAAGUCCCAACUGUGUCCACUCACCUCAGCCAUUCUGUCUCCGUUAGUGAGCCUUGGUUUGCCCAACACACCCACGCAACUUUCUGUUAUUAAACUUCUUUGGAGUUUCUCUGCAAUAAUAAUCUGAGAUCAAAAUGAUAAAAAGCCUGGACACAAGAACAAAGUGAUUAGUUUUACCAGAUAGGUGUGUGUUUUCAGUGAACAGCAACCUUUUUCUAAUUGUCUUAACAAAACACUGUCUUACUUUACCAAAAAGAUGUAGCCUAUUUCUAAAGUGUAGAUAAAAAGCUGUGUGUUUCGCAAGAUAGAGAUCCACAACUCUAGUGUGAUAUAGCAUGUGAAUAUCUAUUAUGUCUAUAACAUACGGGUAUUAUCCAUGUUUUCAUAUUCUUCUAACUUUUCUAUGUAUUUUGUAAUUUUUUCCAUUAAAAGUUUAUUUAUCAUUGUA